CGAUAUCUGCCGGGAGCAAUAUCCCACGCUUGUGCAGAUCCUUUUUUUGUUUCCAGAUUUUACAAAAAAAAACAUUCCGUGUUUGACGCUACACCGGUGACAGUGGUGAACAAGAUCCAGUCAGACAUGCCCCGCAUAUUGAAAACUGAGUGAGGCAAUAUUUCUUUGGAGAAAGAUAAGUGGACAAUACAAGUGGGGAGAUGAAGGGCGGGGAAACAAUGCAGGAGCUCUUGGCUGACAUGAACACCAUUAUGUCUAAGAAACGGCCAACUAGAACCCAGCUUCCCCAAUCCAUGUCAUCGGCAAUGGAGACGAUGAUCGAGGCUGCCCGCCAGAACGCCACAGCUGCCAAGGGAUUGAGUGAUUUUGCAAAACUGAAGGUUGAUGAGAAAUUAUUGAAGGUAUCCAGUUCAAAUGUUCCUAAAGACAUCCUUCCUGAGGGCUAUGAAGGUGUCAUUCAUGAUAUAAAGGUCAGCGGGCAUCAUGCUGAUGACAAGAUCUACAGUAACAACUCAGACAUUCGACAGAAGAUCCCACGAGGCACAACCUUGUUGGACCUGAAGAAAGGUAGUGGAGAAGAGACCAUUCAAGAUGUUUUGAUUUAUGCAAAUCGAAAGUUCACAGGAGACAUUGGUGAUGAAGAUGACAUUCAGCAACCAGAAAGCAAUGAAUGGAAAAAGUAUUUUCUCAAGGAUCAAGAGAAGGCCAAACAGGUUGUCUGCAUGAAAAAGAUCAAUGGGGAAGCAGCACACUUCAGUGCAAGAGAGAUAGAUGGAAAGUUUUACAUCAUAACUGGGAGCAAGAAUGUUCACAUGAUUAUCAAAGAGAAGGAGGACAUUGAUAAAUAUACUGGGGACCGGUUCACUGUUGCCAAGGUUGUGGCUAGAUGUGUAUGGGAUACUCUUCAUGCGCUAGAAGAGAAACAUUUUAUGUUUUUGCUGAAAUUCCUUGACCUCACCAAAUGCACAGCCAUUUGUGAGCUUCUUCAGCCUGAGAACCAGCAUAUAAUGAACCUCAGCAAUCUGGAAAGACCACUUCUCUAUGUGAUAGGCUUCACACCCCCAGCUGGUGAUGAAAGCUGGAGAAGUCUUAUUGCUCUUCCUCCCCACCACACCCUAGAUCUUCUCUCGGGCCUUGGCCUCACCGUCCCAGGCUACACAGUCAUCCCAGUAGAGGAUGUGCAGAGAUAUAGAGAAGAGAUCCGGAAUGGGAAACAUGGUUACCAUGAAGAAGGAGAAGUACUCUAUUUCCUUAGUGAGGAUGAAGAGACGAUUGGGCUAGUUAAAGCCAAGACUGUGUGGUAUAUAAUGCUGCGAGCACUGAGGGAGAAAGUGGUGUAUAGCUUCCACACUUCUCGUCGGCGACAGCAGCAGAACAUAGAUGAAUGCAUCAGCUCUUGCCACAAGAGAUUUGAUGAGAUACAGAAUUGGCUAUUGUUCUCCAGCACUUUUUUGAAGAAGUGGAAGACACUUGCAAAAUUCUUCAUUUUGUGGAUGGCAGAAGAAGUUCAAAAGGGGGAAGUGGCAGCAGAGAAUAUUCGUCCACAGUAUCCAAUAAUGUGGGAAAAGUUUCUUAAGGUGGAAAGCCAGACAGACCAAGUGGACCUGCAGUACCAAGAUAUGCAUAAGGCAGAUAAUUGAAACUUAACCACUUUGCUCUCUCUCUCUCUGUGUGUGUGUGUGUGUGUGUGUGUGUGUGUGUGUAUAUAUAUAUAUAUAU